AUGUUAAACUGCAUUUCCUCCGUACCUAAUAUACGUAUUCCUGACGAAAUAGGUAAAUAUAAGAUAAUCAGGAAAAUAGGCAAAGGAGGAUUUGCAGUUGUAGUUUUAGCUCUUGACAAGAAAACUAAGCAAAAAUACGCUAUAAAAAUCAUAAGCCGAGAAGCAAUCGUUAAAUGCGGAAUGCUUCAAUAUCUUGAAUCUGAGUUGCGUUUAUGCUCUAGACUUGACCAUCCAAACAUUGUUAAAGUUUAUGAUGUCUUUUAUGAAGAAGAUAUAAUAUUGAUCGUAAUGGAAUACCUUGAAAACUGCAACCUAGAGUACUUCAUUAUUAAUAAGAUCAGGUUCAAACUUGACGAGCAACUCAACAUUGCUUAUGAAAUUUUACAGGCUUUAAACUAUCUUCAUAGCCGCGGAAUUGCCCAUAGAGAUAUCAAACCCGGAAAUAUUCUUUUUGACUCCGAGUUCCAUCCAAAACUCAUAGACUUCGGGAUGUCCAGAGAAAAUUCAAAUUGUCUCGAGACUAUGUGUGGAACCACAUAUUUCAUGCCUCCAGAAGUCAUAACAGCUCAUAACUAUGAUGGUACAAAAGGAGACAUUUGGAGUUUCGGAAUCACAAUGCAUUUACUUGCAUAUUUCACAUAUCCAUUUGAUUCCCAAAGUGAAUCUCAGUAUAUCAGAGAUAUUCAAAAAGGAAAAAUCCAACCAAACGUCGCAUCAGAUGACCUUUUCGGAACUAUGGUUAAAUAUUGCUUAUCCGUCAACCCGAAGGAGAGAUACUCGAGCCAAGAAUUACUUGACUUCAUUGAUGAGCGAAAGAAAGCUUUUCUUCAAGUUAGAAAAUCAGAAGGUACAGCAAAGAAAAUUAUCUCUUCUAGCCUUCCAAAGCUUCAUGUUAAUCUCAAUAAAUUCACUGCUGGAUCAGUUGAUGAUAGAAAAAUCUUCAAAUUGAUCGAAAAAAGGAUCAAGUUAAAUGCGAGAAGAAAGAGUGAUGAUUCAUCAAGAGCAUAA